AUGUCAUGUUCAAAAAUAUUUUCAGGAGAUUUACCUGAAUUAAUAUAUGAAAUCAUCAAAAAUUUUCAGAAUGAUUAUUCAACCUUACAUUCAUGUGUUUUAGUUAAUAGAUUAUGGUGUCGUUUAGCGAUUCCAUUAUUAUGGGAAAAUCCAUUUUCAAUUACUACCGGAAAUUAUAAUUUUAUUGAAGUUUACUUAUAUAAUUUGAAUGAUUAUUUAAAAACAAAAAUUAAUAAUUAUCAAAUUAUUAAUAAUUUAUUACCUUCGAAUACACUUUUCAAUUAUCCUAGUUUUAUAAAAUAUUUGAACAUGUGUAAUAUUACUCUUUCUAUUGAGAGGUGGUUAGAAGCUAACAAUAAAACUUCAAAUGCAGCAGUAUCCGAAUUUAAAAGAUUAAUUAAUAUGUCACUAGUUAAAUUAUUUAUUGAAAAUGAAGUAAAUUUACAUACUUUUAAAAUUGAGAUAAACAACAUACAUUACUAUGAUACCAUUUAUGACAUUUUGGAGAUAAUUUUACAAAAUUUUAAUUUCAUUCAUAAUAUUAGAAAUUUAAACCUUUCUAUUGUAAAUAAUCAUUGUAAAAGUAUGUUAAUUAAAAAUCGUAUAUCACAAAUAAUUAACUUACAUCAAAAUCUUAAAAGAAUUUUAUUUGGUAAUAAUACUAACUUAUCUUUAUAUCAAUCAUUAUUAUUAUCAAAAGAAUUUAAUUGUUCAAAUACUUUAAAUACAAUCAUUUUUUAUUAUGUCAAUUUUAAAGAUAUAAAUAAUUUAGUUAAAGUAUUUGAAAAUUUAAAUGUUUUAGAAUCUGUUCAUAUUAUUUAUUGUAAUUCUUUAGGUAGUUUUAUUCAACAAAUUACUAACUUAACCAAACCACUUAAACUAAAAUCUUUAUUUAUGCUCAUGGCUUUACAAAUCGAUUUAUUACAAUCAUUAUUACAAAAAUAUGGGAAUUAUUUAGAAAAUUUCAAAUGCGGGAGUUACGGAUUUGUUCAACAACGGCACUUAGAAUUAAUUAUGAAAUAUUGCAAAAAUAUCAAAUUUCUUGACUUAUGUGGAAUUGAAAGACACAUUACUUCUCUAAUAUUUGAUUUGAUUGAAAAUAUUAACCAAAAUCUUAAUUAUCUUUCAAUCAAUGUAGGAGAUUGUCAAAAUGAGCUAAUAUUACGAAAUUUAGGAUUAAUACUCCCUUCUAAACUUGAAUAUUUAAGUUUGGCUCUUCGCAUGAUUAAUACAAAUGAUUUUGAAGUAUUCCUAAAAGAUUCUCAAGAUACUUUCUUUAAAAAAUUGUUAAUUAAUAAUUUGAUAGGAGGAUAUAGUGAUGAUAUUGAUAUUUUACCCUAUAUAAAAGAAUAUAUUAUGAAGAAGAAAAGAGUCCAAUAUUUGGCAAUUAAGAAUACUUUAUACAAUAGGGUAGAUGUAGAUUUGUCUAAUUUUAAAGAUGAAGUGAAUGAAUUUAAGUUACAUAAUAUUAAAGUUCUAAAAUAUGAUAAUUUAUCUACUGAUAUUUAUAGAUUUGUAAAUGAAAUUGAUUAA